AUGCUAUCAGUGGUAAAGGAUUACAUUCUGGAGGAAGUAACUGCCGCUGAUUUUAUCGCUAUUCAAGCUGACGAGACGACUGACGUUUCCACCCGCUGUCAGCUGGUGCUUGUGCUACGUUACAUAGAUUCCAAUGGUAACAUUCAAGAGCGCUUUUUUGAGUUCUUUACCAUCCAGAACGCAAACGCCAACUCCAUAGCUACAGCACUUCUGGACAGGCUAAGUACCAUACUACCAAAUGGACAAAAAAACAAAGUAAUUGCCCAAACUUAUGACGGGGCUACUGUGAUGAGAGGAAGCAGCGGCGGAGUGCAGCGUAAGAUAAUGGAUGUCUACAAAAAUGCUCACUACGUUCACUGCUACGCGCAUCAGCUGAACCUCAUCAUGCAGCAGGCGACAUCACGCAUCCCCAGAAUCGGUGCUUUUUUUUCUGACCUUGGUGGAUUUUCUGCCUUCUUCUCCAGGUCACCUAAGCGAAUCGCCGUGCUUGACCAAGUGGUUGCGCACAGACUUCCCAGAGCCUCUACAACACGUUGGAACUUUCAAAGUCGCGCUGUAAACACUGUGUACGAACACAAGGAUGACCUUUUAAAAUGUUUUCAGAUCAUCAGAGACUCAGGGAACUUUGAUUCCUCAACUGUCAGAGAGUCAGGGGGUUUUGUGAGGAUGCUUGAAGACGAGGCUUUCUGUUUUUUCCUGGCAUUCUUUCACAAGAUCAUGCCAAAUGUAGACAUGCUAUUCAACCAGCUGCAGAAGAGGAACAUCGACCCUGUCUACAUUAAAGCAGCUGUCCAGGGAUUCACAAACAACAUGCUAGCAAUUAGGGACUCAAUUCCCUUUCUGUGUGGGGACAGUGCAUCAUCUGACCAGCAGUACCAGCCCAAAAAGCGACAGAGGACACUGGGACCAGGAGAACAACAGAGGCUAGCUACAGAG